AUGUCGGAGAAAGGAAUAGAUUUCGUGAAAUCUUCCGAAGUGGGUUCCGGCUCAGGUUCAUCCCAGGAGAAAUACGGGACAUACAUUGACGCGACAGAUGCCCAGAGCCAUGGGGAAAAACCCAAGUUGAAAGGGUUCAAGAAAUGGGUAGAUGGGUUCAAGAGAGCUGAUACGGCGGACAUGAACCUAGAUCCAAACAUUUCCGAAGCGGAAAAGAUUGCCAUCUUGACUGCCAACUCGCCGCUUUCGAAAUCGUUGAAGCAAAGACACCUUACCAUGAUUGCCAUUGGUGGAUCAAUUGUAUGUACUCAACGCAACAUACUUCAUACCUUCCCCUCCCUUCAACUUCAAUAGGACACUAACUCAUAAUUUUAGGGUACCGGUUUAUUUGUCGGAUCAGGUGGGUCCUUGCACACAGGUGGUCCCGCAGGUUUGUUGAUUGCGUACAUUUUGAUUGGUACCAUGAUUUACUGUACUGUUCACUCGUUGGGUGAACUCGCCGUUACUUUCCCCGUGUCCGGAGCUUUCGUCACUUACAACACCAGAUUCAUUGACCCAUCAUGGGGUUUCGCCAUGGCGUGGAACUAUGCGAUGCAAUGGCUCGUGGUUCUACCACUAGAGUUGGUGGCUGCGGCAAUGACAAUCAAGUACUGGGACACGACAACCAACUCAGCGGCAUUCGUCAUUAUAUUCUAUGUGUUGAUCAUCGUGAUCAACAUGUUUGGUGUGAGAGGUUAUGGUGAAUCGGAGUUUAUUUUCAGUAUCAUUAAAGUUACUGCCGUGUUGGGGUUCAUGAUUUUGGGUAUAAUUUUGGCCGCUGGCGGCACCGGAAAAGGUUACAUUGGAGGCAAGUACUGGCAACACCCAGGUGCCUUUGCCAACGGGGUGAAAGGUGUCAUUACUGUCUUUGUUGGUGCUGCUUUCGCGUUUGCCGGUACUGAGUUAGUCGGUUUAGCAGCUGCCGAGUCCACAAAUCCACGAAAAUCCUUACCUUCAGCUUGUCGUCAAGUGUUUUGGAGAAUCACCUUGUUCUACGUCAUUUCAUUGACGCUUAUCGGGUUGUUGGUUCCUUACGAUGAGCCCAGGUUAUUAAGUGGCUCGACGGACGCUAGCGCCUCACCUUUUGUUAUCGCAAUCCAGAAUGGUGGAAUUAAAGGUUUGCCAUCUGUGAUGAACGUGGUUAUCAUGAUUGCGGUUAUCUCAGUGGGUAACUCCUCCGUGUUUGGUUCCUCAAGAACCUUGGCUGCUUUAGCCGCAUCAAACCAAGCCCCCAAGAUCUUUGGAUAUAUUGAUAAGCAAGGAAGACCUCUCGUCGGUGUGUUUGCCCAGCUCCUAAUUGGUGCCUUGUGUUUCCUCGCAGCUAGUGACAAGCAGAAUCUUGUUUUCACAUGGCUUCAAGCACUUUCUGGGUUAUCAUCCAUUUUCACCUGGGGUUCAAUCAACUUGUGUCUCAUCAGAUUCAGAAGAGCAUUGUAUGUCCAGGGUAGGGACACUUCCGAAUUGGGAUUCACUUCUCAGCCAGGCAUAACUGGUGCUUACUGGGGUGUGAUUAUGAAUUUGGCAGUGUUGGGUCUUCAAUUCUGGAUCGCCAUCUUCCCAUUGGGCGAAAAGCCAAGUGCCGAAGCAUUUUUCCAAGCUCUCUUGACGGUGCCUGUUGUUAUUGUCUUUUACGUUGGUCACAAGUUGUGGACUAGAAACUGGAGAAUUUUCUACAGAGCCAACGAGAUUGACAUUGACACUGGUAGAGCCGACUUGGACUUGGAGUUGUUGAAACAGGAACUCGCCGAGGAGAGAGAAUACAUGGCUGCUCAGCCAUUCUACAAGAGAUGGUAUAAUGUCUGGUGUUGA